AAAAACCAAAACCAGUCAGAAAGAGAUAGAAAGCGUAGAACAGAGUUCGAGAUAUUUUCCUUCAAUUUUUCGUAAUCAAAUUAUCGUUUCCGAAACAAAUGACGUGAAGGUUCUUCAAAAUUGAAUUAUUUGUAAUCCUGAAAACUUGAUUUGUGAUAGAAGAAUCAAUGGAGUGCUUUGGAGCUCGAAACAUGACGGCAACAAUGGCGGUUUUUACGUGCCCUAGAUUCACAGACUGUAAUAUCAGGCAAAAAAUUUCGUUACUAAAGCAGCGAAGAUUUACUAGUGUAUCAGCAUCGUCUUCGUUUCGUCAAAUUAAGUGCAGCGCUAAAAGCGACCGUUGUGUAGUGGAUAAACAAGGGAUUUCCGUAGCAGACGAAGAAGAUUAUGUGAAGGCCGGUGGAUCGGAGCUGUUUUUUGUUCAAAUGCAGCGGACUAAGUCCAUGGAAAGCCAGUCUAAACUUUCCGAAAAGCUCGCACAGAUACCAAUUGGAAAUUGCAUACUUGAUCUGGUUGUAAUCGGUUGUGGCCCUGCUGGCCUUGCUCUUGCUGCAGAAUCAGCCAAACUAGGGUUGAACGUUGGACUCAUUGGCCCUGAUCUUCCUUUUACAAACAAUUAUGGUGUUUGGCAGGAUGAAUUUAUAGGUCUUGGACUUGAAGGAUGCAUUGAACAUUCCUGGCAAGAUACUCUUGUAUACCUUGAUGAUGAUGCUGAUCCCAUCCGUAUAGGUCGUGCAUAUGGUAGAGUUCAUCGUGAUUUACUUCAUGAAGAGUUGUUAAGAAGGUGUGUGGAGUCAGGUGUCUCAUAUCUAAGCUCCAAAGUAGAAAGAAUCACUGAAGCUCCAAAUGGCUAUAGUCUCAUUGAAUGUGAAGGCAAUAUCACUAUUCCAUGCAGGCUUGCUACUGUUGCAUCAGGGGCAGCUUCAGGGAAAUUUCUGGAGUAUGAACUUGGGGGUCCCCGUGUUUGUGUCCAAACAGCUUAUGGUAUAGAGGUUGAGGUUGAAAACAACCCCUAUGAUCCAGAUCUAAUGGUAUUCAUGGAUUAUAGAGACUUCUCAAAACAUAAACCAGAAUCUUUAGAAGCAAAAUAUCCGACUUUCCUCUAUGUCAUGGCCAUGUCUCCAACAAAAAUAUUCUUCGAGGAAACUUGUCUAGCUUCAAGAGAAGCCAUGCCUUUCAAUCUUCUAAAGUCAAAACUCAUGUCACGAUUAAAGGCAAUGGGUAUCCGAAUAACAAGAACGUACGAAGAGGAAUGGUCGUAUAUUCCCGUGGGUGGGUCGUUACCUAAUACAGAACAAAAGAAUCUCGCAUUUGGUGCUGCAGCUAGUAUGGUGCACCCUGCCACAGGGUAUUCAGUUGUCAGAUCUUUGUCAGAAGCUCCUAAUUAUGCAGCAGUCAUUGCUAAGAUUUUAAGACAAGAUCAAUCUAAAGAGAUGAUUUCUCUUGGAAAAUACACUAACAUUUCAAAACAAGCAUGGGAAACACUGUGGCCACUUGAAAGGAAAAGACAGCGAGCCUUCUUUCUGUUCGGACUAUCACACAUCGUGCUAAUGGAUCUAGAGGGAACACGUACAUUUUUCCGUACUUUCUUUCGUUUGCCCAAAUGGAUGUGGUGGGGAUUUUUGGGAUCUUCGUUAUCAUCAACGGAUUUGAUAAUAUUUGCGCUGUAUAUGUUUGUGAUAGCACCUCACAGCUUGAGAACGGAACUGGUUAGACAUCUAAUUUCUGAUCCGACAGGGGCAACUAUGGUAAAAGCAUAUCUCACUAUAUAG